AUGGCUUCGAAUUUGCGUGUAUUUCCUUGCAAUACUUGCUCUAUUACUUUCAACACCAGCGAGCUCCAGCGUUCGCACAUGCGACAGCCUUGGCAUGUUUCUAAUCUAAGGCGUCGCGUAGCUGGACUUUCAGCAUUAUCAGAAGAACAGUAUGAUACACAGGCCAAGAGCCAGGAUAUAAUCCCUCGACAGAAGGACAGCGAGGAGCCAGGGACAAAACCAAUCUCCUCAUACGAUGCUGUGAAGGUCCCCCCAACACAAUGCCUCUUCUGCAACCUAGACUCCCCGACUCUUAAUGCGAAUAUCGACCAUAUGUCAUCCCUACACGGCCUUUUCAUCCCUUCACGAGGCCAAUUAUCAGAUAUGAGAGCUUUUCUUGGAUACCUUGCAACCAUUGUAUUCGAAUACAACGAAUGCCUCUAUUGCAGUCUAGCAAAAGGUACCGUGGACGGGGUGCAGACACACAUGCGAGAUAAAGGCCACUGCAUGAUCAAGAUGAACGCAGAAUCCGAGCUUCUUGACUUUUGGGAGCUUUCCGAUAGUGGAGAUGACGGCCAAAUCGACGAUGAAGAGUGCACGAAGAGUUCUGCGAUCAUGCUGUCUGAGACAGAAAUGAGGCUUCCUUCUGGCGUGGUUAUCAAUUCUCGCUCUGAUACCACUCAGCUUCGUGCCAAGCCGGGACUUGCACAAUCUCGGUCUAAAGGCUCGCAAUAUAGAGUCAAGAGAGAUGAAGUGAGAGCUAUUACUGCAGGAGCACAGCAAGAGACGACCCAUGAAGACCAAAGUAGACCCUCACGCAGCAACGACCGUCGUGUCGCUGUUCGUGGAGAAAUGGGGCUGGCUGGUAUUUCAGAGAGCCAAAAGCUGGCUUUGCAGAUUACUGAGAAGAAGAUAAAGAGGAGGGAAGCGGUUGCUAAAGCUGCACAGCGAUACGCUGCGGAGCAGGAGCCAGUCAAGACAAAGUACUACAAGACGGAAACUCCUAUAUACCAGGCUGGAUGA